UCCGGUUGUGGAGAGAGCCCUGGCAGUCUGGCCAUCAUUUCUCCUGUACAUGGAAGCUGUGAAAACUAAGAGACUCCCGAACCCUGGAACAGCAUCAUAUGACACAGUUGCAGCAGCCAUAAAGGAUCCACUCGUCUUGGCCAAAUUGCAGUUCUACGCAGCAAUUGCCAGGACCUUCAAUCCCUUCCUGAAAAAAUAUCAGACGGAUGAGCCUGUGCUCCCAUUCCUCCCCAAGGACCUGACCGAGUUGAUGAUGGUAACAAUUUACUUAACGUUAUAACCACUGAUUGGGCUCAAUUGAUCCAUUAUGACAAAAUGGUGUUUGUGGUUAGGAUGUGUAAAAAAUAGUGGCUACAUUGUGCAUCAUCAUAAGAUAAUUUGAUGUUGGUGAUUAAUGUGCCGCACCAGACAUUUUUGUGUUUGUCUGUUGACAGAGUCUACUCAGACGCUUCAUAAAAGUACUACACAAUAUCACUGCCCUGCAGCUGACCAAACUGGAUGUCACAGACAAGACCAUCUGGCUCAGCCCACAAGACAUCAGCAUUGGUCUAGGUGCAGAGUCAGUCCUUUAGAGAAUCAAAGGUGCAGAGCUCAGGGUGCUCGAGUUCAAGAGAGAGUGCAUGCAGGGACUGAGUAACAUGAUCAAGAAAGUGCAGGACAAGAGCCCCCUCAAGUAUCUGACUGUUAGGCAGAUGGUGUGCCUGGAUCCGUCAGUAAUGUAUAGAGAACCAGAAAGAGGCAGGAAUCACAUGAAAGGGCUGGUUCAAAGGUUUCUCCAGGACAAACAGCUUACUGAUACUUCUUCGGGGGAUGUCAUACUGCAGCAGUUUGACAGUCUCCUGUCCUUGGAGAGCCGGAGUGAGGACUUCCUCUCCUUUCAACCCAUGCAGAAGAGGCUGGACAUCUUCCUGAGCAACGCCAUGGAGCCUUAUCCCGAGCUGUGGGCCUUCUGCAAGAAGCUGCUCAUCCUCUCCCACGGUCAAGCUACAGUUGAGCGUGGAUUCUCAAUCAAUAAAGAGGUGGAGUCUGAUAACUUGGCGGAGGAUACUGUGGUCACACGGAGACUGGUGUGUGACUACAUCAUACAACAUGGAGGUGUUACCAAGGUUCCACUCAGUAAACCGCUACUGGAAAGUGUAGCAAGGGCAAGGACAAGGUAUCGUACCCAUCUGGAGACCAAAAGAAGGAACAGGGAGGCAAAAGACCAGGCUCUCAAGAGGAGGGAAGCAGAGGACUGUCUUGAGGAGCUGAAGGUUAAGAGGAGACGUGUACAGGAGGUAUCUGAGGGUCUGGCUAGGGAUGCGGACAAGAUGGCUGAGGAGGCUGAAGCGAAGGCAGGGAGCAAGAUGGCUGGCCUGAUCACCAGGUCAAACAUCCUGCGGAGAGGCCAUAAGGAGAAGUUGGCAGAACUGGCUCUCCUUGAUAAAGAGAUCGCUGCUAAGAGUGCAGAGUUUAGGAGUUGACUGUGUGAUCAUAAUUGUAUUUAUUGUUCAGUUGAUUUUCAUUGUUUAUUGUUCAGGAGUCUGUGCUGUUGGCGUAAGUACUCACCACUAUGCUGCAAUAUUCCAUAAUGCUUUACAGUCCACAUUUUCACAUUUGUUGAAAUAAAUGAACAAAUUUUGAACAAACGUUGUCGGUAGGUCUGUGAAAUAGGCCGUGAAAUAGGUAUUAAUUUUUAUAUAAGUGGUCUUAAAAGGGACUUAAAAAGACUUGAAUUUGACUUGAACAAAUCUGUAGGAACCCUGUAAUAAAAUAACCUCAAACAGCUAAUGUCUCAUGUAUGUUAUAUUGGGGUAGGGGGUAGAAUGGGAGGGGGGGAUUUUUGAAUAAUUCAUUUCCAAUGAACCAUAUAUUUUUAGGUUGAACAAACACAAUUUAUUUUAACUACUUUAAUAUAAUAACUUUUGUUUACCUCUCUUUGUUACAAAUAUGCAGUGGUAACUCAAUCUAAUUUCAUUAGAUAGAUGAAUUUAGUUUCAGCUGGACCAACUUAAAAAAAAAUUGGUAGAUGAACUCAAAUACAUUGUAUUGAAUCGAUGGACUUGUUUUAGGUUGGGGUAACAUAUAUUUAUUGGAUGGAAAUCCUGCCCACAAUUUAAUUGAGUUCAUCCAAUGAGUUGUUUUUUUGA